UUCUACUUCUAGUGGAACGCAGAAUAAGCAACUCCCAGACUCAGCUACGCAGUCAAACUGGCCCGAUGGCAUGCUGCAGCCAACGCCAGCUCAGCGUCUGGAUGAAAUAACGAUCUUGCUGGGGACUAGUUUUUUGUGCAGUAUACUCAAAGGCAGCUUGAACAUGGAAAAAUCCCAUCUGCCCUUGUGACAUGUGAUGCCUGAGCUCUUCUGGGAAGGAGCCUGGGCUUUAUCCGCCCAAAAUCAGCAAUGUGGUGCGUCCCGAAAGGGCAGAUGGGAUAGAUGGAGGCUGCUGGAGGCUGCUGAGCCAGCCAGAGUGGUGGGGCUUUUCCACAUGGCAGGUGCAUAGCGUAAUGUCCAUGCUGUACUACACUCUGAUUAUAGCUUUUUUGAUCGGCACACAGGCAGCUCCAAAGUCAGAAGACAAUGCUCCACUGGAGUAUCCUGCAGAACACUCCCUGCUCAAUACCCACCGGAGUAACAGACACCACAUUCCCAAGGCAGCUCCACAGACAUCCCACGGCCACUCUACUUGGACGAUAGGUAGACAAGAAGCUAUAAAUAUCACCAUGGACCCAACAUUUUUUAAGAAGAGGCGUUUCCGGUCUCCUCGGGUGCUGUUCAGCACACAGCCCCCCCCAGUGUCAGGGCAAGGACAGAAUAUGGGAUUUCUCAGCAGUGCAGGUUCUCUCAACAGGACUGCCAGGACCAAGAGGACCACGCAUCCUGUAUUACACCGGGGAGAGUUCUCAGUGUGUGACAGUGUCAGCAUGUGGGUUGGGGACAAAACCACAGCCACUGACAUUAAAGGCAAAGAGGUGACAGUGUUGGGAGAGGUCAACAUUAACAACAACAUCUUUAAGCAGUACUUUUUUGAGACCAAGUGCAGGGACCCUAAGCCAGUCUCCAGUGGGUGCCGAGGGAUUGAUGCAAAGCACUGGAACUCUUACUGCACCACAACACAUACCUUUGUCAAAGCGCUGACAAUGGAGGGCAAGCAAGCAGCCUGGCGAUUUAUUCGAAUUGACACAGCUUGUGUGUGUGUGCUCAGCAUGAAGUCAGGGAGACCCUGAGAUGGAUCUAAACCCCAUGACAACAUCCUCCUACCCCCUACCUCAGUCUGUAAAUUAUUUUAAGUUAUAAAGGACUGCAUGGUAUAUUUAUAGUUUAUACAGUACAGAAAGAACCUCAUUAUUUAUUAAACUCUUUUGGAAACCU